AUGCUGGCCUAUUUCGCCGACAAGUCGCGAACGCAGGGAAACCACCUGGCUCUGCAGCUGAAUCGCCGCAUGCUGAAUUGCAACCAGGCCUUCUGCGAGUGGAACAAAGCGGGCGAUCGCGCGGUGGUGACGGUCAGCAACGACGUGGAUCAGACCGGUGCGUCGUACUACGGCCGCAAUUUCCUUUAUUAUCUAUUCAACGACUUCAAGCAGCGUCCCGACAUGCUGCUGAACAUUCUGCGAGGCGAGCAGUCGGUGCAGGAAUCGCAGUUUUCGCCGGACGGCUCGCGCUUGUGCGCGAUCACGGCGUCGAUCCCCGCGGCCUCGACUUUAUUCACAACGAAGGACUGCAAGGAAGAAGGCAGCUGCGGCAAGCUGAACGUGAACACGCUGCUCUGGUCGCCGCACGGUCGCCUGCUUCUUCUCGGCGGCUUCGGAAAUCUCAACGGGGACAUUUUCAUCUGGGACGACGUGGAUCGGAAGCGGAUCGUGCAGUUCCACACGGACUACAUCACGUCGUGCGCCUGGGCUCCGAACAGUCGCUAUUUGAUUCUGGGAACGUGCUACCCGCGCAUGAAGGUCGACAAUCGCCUCUAUGUGUACAAGUUCAACGGAAAGAAGGUCUAUCAGGAGGACUUCGACUUGCUGUACGAGGUGUCUGUUCGCCCCGUGCUUCCCGGAAUUCUCCCCAUUCGCCCGCCCACGGUGGACGACAUGAAUGAAAUGCGGGCCACCGUCGCCAAGAAGGCGCCAUCGAAGUAUGUGCCGCCUCAUCUGCGAGCGAAGCAAGGCUCUGCGAAGCCGAAUACGCCUGCUGCUAUGAAUGCUGCAGGUGCUACUAGUGCUGCGAAGAAAAAGAACGAUCCGAAAACGUCGCGUCCGCUGCCUGGAAUUCAACCUGCAGGCUUGCCGGGACUCACGAAGAGCGCCUCGCCGAUGGGACCGAAGGGAAUGGGACAAGGGACAGCGAUGAGAGUGGGACUAAGUCCUCGCGGUGUACCGACGUAUACGCAGCCAGCUCCGGGAGUGAACGUGCUGGACGACAUCUUUGCUUCGGUGAGUCCGAAAUCGCCUCAAGAGAGUUCGGGCGACGCUUUGAAGAAGCGAAUGAAGACUGUCCAGAAGAAGCUGAGCGAAAUCGCCGAGAUAAAGGCGAAAUUUGAAAUUUUAACAGACGCCCAGCAGGCAAAGGUAAAGGAGGAGGAGAAAUUGAAACAAGAAGCCCAAGAGAUUCAGGCAAAGCUGAACAACAUGUGAUGGCUUGUUAAAGAGU